AGCAGCGCGACGUGCGGCGCGUUUGCUCGCCUGUGUUUGCCAGCCGGGCACGAGGAGCGCGAAAGCGGAGCGGCGAAAGCGCGUGCUGCGUGAUCUCGCCCUCGUUUUUUUUUUUUUGCUAUCGUUGUCUUCUUCUAGACAAGUUGUCAUUACGGUUAUUCGGCGGCGAGCAGGGAGGCAGUUGCGACAACGGCGCGAGUCAUCGCGGUGUACCGCUGCUGGUCGCCGUUGAAUACUCAUGUGACGCCUUCGCCUCUGGAGUACGGUGUGCGACGUUCGUCGACAGGCACUCGCGCAUUCGCGUGCGCACGCACGCACGCACUCCUAGUGCUUCGUACUCGCCUGUUCGCUCGCUUGCUCGCUUCUACGCUCAGUACUCCCGCUUGCGGCCGAGAAUGACAUAUCGCGACGCGCGGGCAACGCGCGACGAUCACGUACGCACCGGGAGGAGCGUCGUUGAACUGGAGCAACGCGAUUGCGACGGUUGAAAAGAGGCGUAUCGAAGGCGGAAAUCGUGGACUUUGAGGACCUGUCCAGCUGGACUCGACGCGCCGCUGGACAAUGGCAAUCGCGAGCUGGAUGAUCUGGGGUAGGAGCCUACGUACCGGCCGAUCUCAUCGAAGCCGCCAAGAUACGGAGGACAACUGCGUGCAACUCGACCUGUCAAGAGGACUAAAGGAGAAUGUCAAGGAGGUUUUAAUCAAUCUUUGUCAGCGUCACAAUGUUCCAAGCGUAAAGAAGCUAGCGUAUCUUAAUGCUAUUGUUAAGUUGAUUAGCGAAAACGAUUCCCAUGAUUAUGGAUACUCCGCGGAAGAUUUGUUCUGUUGCUUGCGCGUGGGAUUGGUCCAUGAGGCAACGCAAGUGCGCGCCGCCGCGCUGCGAGCGGUGCGUUACAUGCUCAAGAAGGAACAGGAUAUUAUUGCAAUUAACAGACUGCAGUAUCCGUACUUCCUGGCGCGCAGCAUGGACGUUAAUCUGCGAAAUGAGAUGGAGAGGAUGCAGGCUCUUCGACUCGUCAGGAGGAUCCUAGUAUUAGCCCCCCGGCAUUUUAGUCCUGCUCUAGCGAGAUCCUUGGUCAGUUUAACGAACGGCGGUAUAGAGGAACGGGACCGUGCAUUUAGAGCAUUUUUAGCAACGUUGUGUGAGUUGGGUGUCCUAAACUCGAACUUGCUCAUAAGCUGCGGCGGCGUCGGCGCUCUGGCGAGAGCCGCGAUGACCGGUCAGAGCGCCGCCGCAGUUGAAACCAUCGUCGGCGUGUUGUUGCGACUGCUGAACAAUCCCGACACUCGCGGCAGCGUGUCCCUCCUGUGCUUUGCCGCGCCCUACUGCGAACUGCACUCUUCCAACGUAGAAAGAACCAAGGAAGAGCGCGAGCAGAGAUUUGCCGCCAGCAAGCUAGCCCUCUUGAGCAUCCUGCGCUCGUAUCCAGGCGUCCUUCACUUCUGCCGACCGGACAAUAAUUCAGCUCUCAAAUCCAUCGCGGAUAUCCUGUAUGUGGAACAGCUGGAGGUGCGCGGUGCCGUGCUGGAGCUGCUCUACGAAUUGCUGGACUUACCGCUGCCUACAUGGACCGACGAACCGGACGUCGCGCUGGCCGCGGUGGAUCCCAGCAGAUCGCGGGACUCCUGGAAGCUGUCCGAAGGCUUCGUCGCCGCCGAAGGCAAGUUCGUACUGCCAUCCCUGUCGUCGCACUGUCCCAACAUCACGGAGAUACAUUCGGCGUUGCUGGUCUACGUUCUUCUCGAGUGCGGUCUGCAUCGUGCCCUCGCGGAGACCAUCGUCUCCAGCGACACGUUUAUUUCGGUACGCGCAGCGGUGCUCUUGGGCGCGCUACUGCACCUCGCGCAUUCGCUCCUGCCAUCCGAGCUCUGCGAUCUCACGCCGCCUCUGCCGAAUCUGUUGGAGCACGCGAGCACCGGCAAGCAUCAGGCGCUGGCAGCGGUUACCAUCCUCGAGCGGAUGCACACCAUGAUGCGACGUAGACCGACCCCGGCUAGUCUCUUCCUCGAUCGGAUCCUGCAGGCCGGCACCUGGCUGCGUCCGACGCUACCACGACGGCAGCGACCGCCCGGUCGGAACUGGCUGCGAAUCGGUCGGGAAUCGCCGAUCACGCCGUUGCUGAAGGACGCGCAGGUGCUCAGCUCGAAGGACGCGCUCGCCUGGAACUGGCCGGUGAUACGGGCGAUCCUGCGGUCGCGCGAAGAUGCCACGCGAAUUCUACACGACUCCGAUCAUCGGGUAUUCAUGAAGCGGCUCGUGCGUUACUUUAAACCUUCGUGGAACGGCUAUAGCAGAGUCGAGCUGGGAACGAGCGCGAUUCUGGCGCGCGAGGCGACCCUCGCUGGCUGCGAUUUGCUAAAUUGCCUGCUGGAGCUGCACGAGCCGGAAGGCGCGCGCCUGCUGAACGAAUUGAUCGGCGACAUAGCCGAGCAAAUAAGUAACAUCCGUACUGCCGAGUCUGCGCACGACUGCCUAUUCUCGCCGCGUCACAUGUCUACUACGUGCUGCCAAAAGUACUUCCUUUUCCUCGGCCAGUUGAGCCAUUCGGCUAAAGGUACGGUGGUCCUCAAGAGCUUCAAUUUACUGGAGAAGCUGCAGGAGCUCGCGCUGGCCACUAAUCACGACUGCUACGUCAAGCUGAUCGUCUCCAGUCUGGACUACUCGCGAGACGGCCCCAACAGGAAGGUGCUCAGCAAGAUCAUUUCCGAAGCGACGCUGUGGAGCACUCGAUUGUACGCCACGCAGUUUCUACGUUUGAUACUCCGCGCGAGGAUGACGGACGCCGUGCGCUGGGCGAUGAUGUUGCUGGCGGAUCGGCUGUCUGACAAUUCAACGGCCGUAGCGUUAGCGGCCUUGGAGGCGUUGCACGAGGCCUGCAACGAGAUUGAAUAUCUGGAGGCAUUGCUGCAGCAGGGAGGACAAUCGCGCGACUGGGACAAAUGGCUGCAGCAUUUAGGUGAUAAGGGCUAUCUGUUGAAAAUCCGACUCUACUCUCUUCAACAAGGCUUUGCGAGUCUUGCCGCGCCGUCGGAGGAGCUGGAGAAAUGGAUCGGACCCGGCGGUUUCGCUGAGCGAUACGUCGGCCUCGUGGAAGGCGACAUACACGACGCGCUAACGCGCCGACAGCGCGACGAGACCGGGAGCUACCAGCGGAGGACCACCAACGUGGCGAUGGGCCCGCGCGAUAUCUUCGUGCCGCCACAUCUGAUCGGCCAGCUGGCGCAGCACGAUCUGGGGAUGCAGUUGCUGCUGCGCCGCAAUGUGAUACAGCGUUUUGCACGAGUGCUACAGCGAUUCAAGCUGGAGUUCGGCGGUCGCGAUUCAGAGUCCAAUUCACGAUGCACCCGGGCGAGCCGAUUGGCCGCCGUCAGCGGCACAGCCGCGGCGUCCACCGUCGCCGAUGACGCCAUCGUGUCGGAGGAGUCCGGCACGGACGAGGCCGUGGAACAGUGCAGUCGCCUCGAGACGAUUCCCGACUCCGAGGCGGUGGAGAGCGAGGCGCGCGACGCUACCAGCCAGCUGCGCACGGAAUCGCUGAUGGAGAUCCGUCGGAAGACCAGCAUGGACGACUCUAGGCACACCACUCCCGAGCGAAGCUGGAGAAUGGAGACCACGGAGUCGUUGCGCGACGAUCAUUCCGUCGGCCCGAACGGCGGCAUUCUCAAAGUCAAGUCGGCGCUCUGGGCGCUCGGACACGCGGGAGCGUCCGUUGCCGGCGUCGAACAUCUCAGUCACUUGGGUAUUAUCGAGAUGAUUACGUCCAUGGCGGAGAUAUGUCCGUAUUAUUCGGUGCGCGCCACCGCGAUGUACGCUCUCAGCCUGAUCGGCACCACGCGCGCCGGUGCUGAUGCACUGAUAAACUUCAACUGGCCGUGUGUGCGUCAUCGACGCGGCGACAAUUGGCCCGUGGUGCCGCCGUCGAUCAGAUAUCCUGUGCCGAGCCCGCUUCCUGUACAACGGCAUCAUCGUAGUCUCAGUGACGGCAAGCCGGAACUGCCUGAGCCGAUCGCGCGUCGCACCAGGAAUCGUUCUGAGAGCGCUGCCACGGAUCUCGAGGCGCGACGAUAUAUUCUUCCAGAGAGAGGCGAAACUCCAAGUCCCGUUUCGAGUGUACAAAGAUUAAGCCAACAAGACGCUGAAGGAUACGCACGACUCCGUAGUUUACAACGUCAUCGCAGGCCGAGUUACUCUCAAAGUAGUUUAGAAAUGUACAGUUUAGACGGCCGUCUUUCGUUGCAAAGUCUGUCGGAGUACGAUUCGUCCCGCAGCUGGAUUGCGGAGAACGCGAUUCUCACUCCGACGCCGCCUCCUCCAGAGGACGACAAUGAGAAUCUAUUCUAUAUGGGUAUCUGUCUGCCAAGGAGAUUGCUGGCGAUUUUUCCCGAGCCUCCUCAACCAUUUCAGUCGACUCUCCUCGAGGAUAUUAUCAGACCCGAAUUAGAAACAACGGUUGACGAAGAGUCUAGCUCGGAAUACGACGCUGACACGGAACACUGUCGCACGUGUCUAGUUUGUUAUCAUGGCAAAAGUCACAGGGAUAUCGGCACGGAACAGGAUAUAAAAUUGAGAAGAGAAAUACUUAGGCACACUCAGCGGCUGGCCAAUCCUGUGUGGUAUCGUUACAGUCGUCAAUCGUUACUUAGAUUGAGACAGCGGUAUCCCGAGAAAUUUCAGGAUACCUGUUUGUUUUCGGAUGUAGCUGCUCGUUUGAGCAGCGGUACGUACAGAAUGCCGGCGCGGCGAUUUCUGCAAGAGUUGUUUCUAGAUUCUCCAUUCGAGGCGCUUUACGCAGAACCAGUCAACAUUCUGAAAAUACCGAUCGGCACGGAGGAGAAUCCCAUUCAAUCUGUUCCUAGCUCCGAGGCUAGUCCUCGACAGCAGUCUCUCAGUCCUGCGGAGGGCAAAAUCAACGGAAGACUUACUCUAACUGAAAUACAAACGGCGCAACUAGCUUCAGUUGCCGAGGAAGGCAUCUCGGUUAGUGGCGGUGGCGGCGACGAGUCCUGUGAUACGGCGAAUCAAUGUAAAAAGAAGCUUCAGGAAGCCAUGCGGCCGACGCAAGAACGGCGCAGCGACGAAAAGAUAAUAGCUGAGAUUCUGAAACCUGAAGAGCGGAUACGUUUGACAAAGAGUUCCGAUAGAUCGUUAAAAGUAUCAGGUACAAACACUGCCAUCAGCCUUGAUUCGUAGUUUUUGAAACUUUCAAUCACUACUGUGUAUAUAUUUUGUAUUAAAAAUAAUAAUGAUAUAUAUUAUAUAUAUAUAUACACACAUAUAUAUAUAAAAAUAAAUUACACACACUGCCGGAAUCAAGAUGUACCCUUUUAUAUACUUCAAUGUUUCCCUUAUUUUUUACGCUUCACGUUAAUUUAUAAUUAUUUGUUAAUAUUAUCAAUUAAUUUAUAUUUAUGUCAGGUUCUAUUCCACACCUAUUGCAUAGUUUUUUAAAUGACAGUCGAUUUUCCUUUCAUAAUUAAUGAUCACAAAAAGUGUAAAAAAUCUUUUAUAACAUUAUAAUAAUUUUACACAUACUAAGUAUAUAAAAUAUUUUUCUCCAGUUAAAAUGUGACAAGAAAUGUGAAACAUACAUAAUAUCAUUUACAGUUUUAUAUACUUAAUAUUAUUUCCCCUAUUUUAUUUAUAUCUCAGGUU